AUGCUGUUUGCUAGCAAACUCUGGUUGACAAGCGAUCAAACCAAUUCGCUGAACAGUCUUCAAUCCAAAGGAGAUGCUGAUGCUGUUGUAAGAGAACUCACUGAUUUCUAUAGGAAUUUGCGAGAUAAAUCUCGUGCCUCACUUCGUGUACAGUCAACGUGCCGUGCGAUUCUCUCAGAUGAAGUCGGCCAAGGGGGCGUUGAAGAACUCAUCUCAAUGAAGGCGAAAGUGGUACCCAAUGCGGAACUCGUCGCCAAAUUGAAUUCACUCUUCAGAAACGUGAAAAAUUCCGACGUUACAGCCAUACAGCCUUUAUGUGUGGCUGCUUAUGAAGACUCCCAUGUGCCCACUGCUAAUGACUCUCAACGUUUACGCAGAAGGGUCGAACAAGCCGCUGCUGCCUGA